AUGCCGCUCGUCGUCGUGGUUCCCUCGGCGGCGCCGCCGCUCCGGCGACCGCAGCCCUCCCGCUUUCUGCACCCUCGUAGAAACCUUGCCCUAACCAGAGCACGCUGCGCCCCUUCGCCACCAGCAGAGGCGCAGUCAGUAAAGCCGCCGAGACCGCGGCGGUACCCGAAGCAGUUCCCAGGCGAGGCGGUGGGCGUCGCCGAGGAGAUGCGGUUCGUCGCGAUGCGCCUCCGUAACCCUAAGAAAACCACUCUCAAGGACAAUACGGGGGCUGCGGAGGACGAUGAAUCGGAUGACGAGGACCAGGAGGUGAAGGAGGACAACAGCGAGCUGGAGGAGGAAGAGGAAGAGGAGGAGGAGGAGGAGGAUGAGGAGGAGGAGGACAACCACCAAGUGGCGGAGGAAGGCGAUGCGGAAGUGGAGGGGGAGUGGAUGCCCAGCAUUGAAGGCUUCGUGAGGUACCUGGUGGACAGCAAGCUUGUCUUCGACACCGUCGAGCGGGUAGUAGCCGGGUCCACGGACGUCGCCUAUGUUUACUUCAGGAAGGGUGGGUUGGAACGUUCAGCUAGCAUUGAAAAAGAUUUGGAGUGGUUCAGAGAACAAGGAUUUGAAAUUCCAGAGCCGAGUACUCAUGGAUCAACUUAUGCAUCUUAUCUCUCUGAAUUGGCUGGGAGCAAUGCCCCGGCCUUCCUUUCCCACUAUUACAAUAUUUAUUUUUCCCAUACAACUGGAGGGUUGGCCAUAGGUAAAAAGAUCUGCGACAAAAUUUUGGAAGGAAGAGUGCUAGAGUUCUACAAAUGGGACACUGAUGCAGAACUCUUACUAAAAGAUGCCAGGGAGAAGCUUAAUGAACUUAGCAAGCACUGGUCUCGGAAGGACAGGAACUUGUGCUUGAAAGAAACUGCAAAAUGCUUCCAGUACAUGGGGCGGAUUGUGCGGUUAAUCAUUUCAUAAACCUUCAUUGAGAACAGAGCUAUCUAUCUACAGGCAUGCUUGAUUAACCUGAAGACUGAGAAAAGCUAGAGAGAUACAGUACCUAGAGGCCUAAUGCAGUUUCAUCUUAGAGAGACCAUGUUGUAACCAGCGGCCUGGCCUGGCCCGAGAAAUGUCUUUUUGCUGUAAGAGAUGAAGCUGACGGGUGAGCACUAGUAAUAUUGGAUGUCCCAAAUAGCAGGUGCGCACUAGGUCCUUUUUCGGCGUGCAUUGUAGAGCUGAUUGUUGGAGUCAGCUGAGCAGCUUUGAUCUGUGCAAA